UGCUCUCUUUUUCUCGGGGUAGAAAAUUCGAACUUCAAAACUCAAAACUCAAAAGCUCCCCCAAAGGACAAACAGAGAAACUCCCGCAUGUUCAAGCGGAGAGGUUUUGAAGAUUUCGGAGUGUGUAAAUCGCCGCGAAUCUCGUUUCAAGCUAUUUAAUUAAGCAUAUUGACCAUUGGGAUAAUAUUUUGGGAGAACGAUAGCCUGAAAACUUUUGAUGGGAGUUAUUCGUUUUAGUUUGUAGUUUUGGAAAUAAUGUACAGAGAGUUUUACUGUGGAAGCUUCUAUUUGUAAGAUUUUAUUUCUGUAGUGUGAGAAGGCUUCAAUGGAGCAACAUCUGGAUCAGGAUUCCAUUCCCGUCGCUGGGUCAUUAGACAAAUCUAAGGUAUUGAAUGUAAAACCGUUGCGUCAACUAGUUCCAGUCUUCCCAUCAGCACAAAACGUGUCGUCUUUUUCAAAUCCUCAAGGUGCUGCCCCAUUUGUGUGUACUGGUCCUUCUGGUCCUUUUCCACCUGGGGUUGCUCCAUUCUAUCCCUUCUUCUUUUCACCAAAUGAACAAAAUCAACAGACACCAGGUGGAACACCGAAUUCUAGUGCACCUUUUGGUCUAAAUAGUCCUAUAUCAACCGCAGUUCCAAUUUCGUCAUUCAGGACACCAACUGAGGGUACUUCAACACAGAAUACUGGCUCUAGAAAAAACGCUAGAAGUCGUGGCCAGUUGCAAGGGUAUAGUGAUAGUCAAAAUGAUGAUUCUCAGUAUUUUGGCAUGGGUAUAAAUGAUAGAGAAGAUUCAAGUAAAGCGGGAAGGAAGAAGAAGGCGAAGAAGAAGGCAAGGAAUGGUCAGGAUAUUAAUUUUACAUCAGAUAUCGAUAUUGAUGCAAUGCUUAAUGAUAUGGUUUCAUCGUACAAUCUUUCAAUGUUAGAUUCUAAUCAACAAACUCAUGGUAGCAACGAAGCAGUUUCUAGUGUACUCAUGGUAUAUGAACUGCUAAGGAGAAGGAUCUCACAAGUUGAAGAGUCUAAGGAACCAACGCCUGGAAUUAUAAGGCGUCCAGAUCUAAAAACAGGUGCAUUUCUGAUGACCAAAGGAAUUAGGUCAAAUAUCAAUAAAAGGAUUGGAACAGUUCCUGGUGUGGAAGUUGGUGAUAUCUUCUUUUUCAGGAUGGAAUUGUGCCUGGUCGGGUUGCAUGCUCCAUCGAUGGCUGGGAUUGAUUACAUGGGUUUAAAGGUCAGUCAAGAUGAAGAACCAGUUGCAGUAAGCAUUGUCUCGUCUGGUGGAUACGAGGAUGAUACUAAUGAUGCAGAUGUGUUAAUCUACAGUGGUCAGGGUGGAGUGAACAGAAAGGAUAAGGAAUCAACAGAUCAAAAGCUCGAAAGGGGUAAUCUUGCUCUAGAGAAGAGCUUGCAUCGUGGAAAUGAAGUCAGAGUAAUUCGAGGGGUAAAAGACUUUAGUAACCCAACAGGGAAGAUCUAUGUUUAUGAUGGUCUAUAUAAAAUCCAGGAAUCUUGGGUAGAGAAAGGGAAAUCUGGCUGCAAUGUAUUUAAAUACAAAUUGGUCCGAUUACCUGGACAGCGGGAAGCAUUUUUGACUUGGAAAUUAGUACAACAAUGGAAGGAUGGGAAUGCUUCUCGAGUUGGGGUUAUAAUACCAGAUCUGGCUUCUGGCGCAGAAAGUUUACCCGUUUCACUUGUAAAUGAUGUUGAUGAUGAGAAGGGCCCUGCGUAUUUCACAUAUGAUUCUGGUCUCAAAUAUUUAAAACCAGUGUACUCGAUGGAACCUUCAGCUGGUUGUAACUGUGUUGGUGGAUGCCUUCCAGGCAAUCUCAAUUGCCUUUGCAUACAGAAAAAUGGUGGAUAUCUCCCCUAUGGUUCAAAUGGGGUUCUUGCAAGUCAACAAUCUAUGAUUUAUGAAUGUGGACCCUCAUGUCAAUGCCCUCCCAAUUGCAGGAAUCGUGUGUCCCAAGGAGGCCUUAAAUUCCGCCUAGAGGUAUUCAGAACUAAAGGUAAAGGCUGGGGACUAAGGUCGUGGGAUCCGAUUCGUGCUGGAGCAUUUAUUUGCCAAUAUGCUGGGGAAGUCAUCGAUAGUUCAAAGGAAAAGGACUCUGCACGGGACAAUGAAGAUGGUUAUAUCUUCGAUGCCACACGUUCAUAUCCGAACCUUGAAGUUAUAUCUGGUGAUUCCGAUGGGCCUCCUAGGCUCCCAUUUCCCUUAGUUAUUAGUGCAAAAAAUGUGGGCAAUGUCGCUCGUUUUAUGAACCAUAGUUGCUCUCCAAACGUAUACUGGAAGCCAAUUAUUCGGGAAAAUAAAGGCGAGCAUGAUGUCCAUAUUGCCUUUCAUGCAAUCAGGCAUGUACCUCCCAUGAUGGAGUUGACGUUCGAUUAUGGAAUAGUCCCACCUGAAAGUGCUGAUGGAAGGAAGAUCAAUUGCCUAUGUGGGUCUUCAAAAUGUAGAGGCUUCUUCUGUUAAUGCUUUCUCAGAAGGUGUAUUUGAGUAGGGAUACCUGACUCGUGCUCUUUGAAAUAAGAUGAAAUCAUGAAAUGACAGACACGUCAGAAUAUGUAACAACUCGGGGCAUUCGGUUUGAAGUCUUGUUGGUGCAGCAGUAUGAAUCGAGCUCUAGUGGAUGCCCAAAUUUUCGUCUUUUGUUGUAAGCUUAUAACACACAUUAAUAAUGAUUUAGCUCUGCUCUUUUGUUUGUGCCUUUAGCUAGAUGUUAUAUAGUUCUGUUUAUCAUCUAGCUGCAUCUUCUUCCUGAGAGUUAGAUGAUGCUGAUUAGCAUUUGCCAUGGCUGCUCUUCUUUUGAUUGUGGGAAGAAAAUGGCAGGUUUCUUUUCA